UAAUAAUAUCAUCAAUAACAAAAAAACAGUCAUUGUUUGCAAAAAUAAAAUCAUGGUAUCAUCCAACAUACAUAAAAUCAAUUGAUGAGCCUGCUGACAAAGAACCAAGGCUAAGAUAUUGUAAUGGACGUUUAACAAAACGAAAAUUCUUUUGUCUUAACUUGGCAAUAUUAUGUCUCUUAUUUACUUUGAUAUUCACUCCUUUAACCUAUUUUGUAAUAAUACCGGCUUUCGUAAGAUAUAAAAUUUCAAGUGUAAAUCUAAAUGAUAUAUCGAUCGAUUAUAUGGAUAUAGUGGAUUGGAGAUCAAAUGGUCUGUCGUUUGAUUGGGAGGCUCAUUUAUCAAAACAAUUUUUCUUGCCUUUAAAUGCAAAAUUAGAUCCAAUAAAUUUAACUGUUCACGACCAAGAUAAUAACAAUUUAUUAAUAAUUUCUGUACCUGAAAUGAAUGUUAAUAUUGGCGAACCUAUUGAUUUAAAAUUCAAAGGUGACAUCACAUUCGAGGAUAAUAGUGCUUUGUCAUCACUGUUGGAAAAAAUUUCUACUCCUGGUGGAAUUAAUGCCACAAAUAUGGUUGCUUCAACUGGCAUCUCUGUAAGUAUGUUUGGAAUUAAUUGGUAUAAGAAUUUAGAAAUUUCAAAAUCAAUACCAUUACCUAAACUGGAUAGUAAUUUAAUGAAUCUUUGGAGUAAUAUGCCACCUUUCAUAAUGUCUGCUGAUAAAACAAAGCCUGAAACAGAAAGUGUCAACGUUGGAGGUGUUAACUCAACAAUCGAAAAACCUCUUGUCAUCGAUGGAAUCGAAUAUUGGCAAAUUUUACCUGGGUUUCCACCAAUAAAUUUUAAAACUCUUGAUGUAAAACUUAUUGAUGAUGGUCCUAUCAUAUCAAUGUCUCUAUUAAUGCAAAAUCCAACAGUUUUAUCAAUUCCAAUACCAGACACUUCAAUUGCCAUAGAAUUGGAACAUUCUUAUUUUGCAACUACAAGUAUCCAAGGAUUCACAUUGACCCGUGGUUUAAACACCCUUAACUUGAAUUUGUCAAUGACUUUUGAUCCAAAUAGAAUAGUGACUUCCGAUCAAAUUGGUAAUUCUGUAUCUAAGGCAUUCGGUAAAAUACUUGGUGUAGAUCCUGACAACGAAGGAUUGAGUCUCAAUGUCAUAGGUCCAAUUAAAAUGACCGGUAUCGAUUCCAUCACUGAAAUAACUCAACACUUAUCUUUGAUCCUACCAAUAAAUGAAAUCGUUAAUAGGACAAAUCUUAAAUUAUUGUCAAACUUAUUAAAUGUGUCAGGGGUUGAAAGCAUUUUGCACACCGUGAAUUUUAAUGUCAAUGUUCAAAAUGAUCGAAUUGUUGUACCAAUUGAGAUUAAAAUGCCUUCAUUUUUGCCUUUGCUUCCAAGGUUUGAUUUUCCUUAUACUACAUCGUUAGGUCUAUUCAAAAAUGAUCAAAAUACACUGGAUAUCAUUUUAGAUGGAAUAUCAAUGACAAAUGAUGAUAAUUUGUUAAUAAAAACAACAGCACAAAUUAUUCCAAAUAAUACUUUAUUAGCAGCAGAUGCUCUUGGGAAAAUUGUAAAUCCAGCAUUGAAUUCUCAAAUCACUUUAAAUCAAAGAACUGACGUUUCUGGAUUUGAUAUUAACGGAAACGUCACAAUUCAAUAUCCACCACAAUUACCAAUAAUCGCCAUCAAUACUGGUUAUAUCUCUACCACUGUUGAUAUUGACAGUAGCUUAUUAUUGACUGCCAAUUUACCUAAUGGUAUCAGUUAUACAACCGACCAGCCCUCUACUUCAAUUGUAGCAUCAGCAUUACUAGACAAGAAUAAUAUCGAAUUACCUUUGAAGAUCGCUGACUUGGUUAAUGGAGUAUUAAGUGAAAAUGAUUUGCCAAUGCCGAUUUUAGGUGUCAGUAAUGUCAUAUUGGGUACAAGCCAACAGGUUAAUUUUGUUACAUUUAGUAAAGUAAUCGUACCAAUUAACCUCAGUACAUUAAAACCUGCUUUAAAAACUGCCAUAGAAACUAUGACAAAUUCGAUUCAAGAACAAAAAGGAUUGUUGAAGCUCAACGGUAUAGAUUUAGAUAUUCAAACAAGCACAUCCGUAUCAUUAAAAAUGCAAUCGACGCUUAACAAUCCAACAAAUAUCACAGCUAAUAUUGGUCAAAUAAGUCUUGGGGUGAUUUUGAAUGAUGGAAAAUUAGCAACAAUUAGCGUGUCACCGAUUCAAUUGCUUCUUGGUCAAAGUCCAUUGAACAUUGAUUUGGUAAUUGAACUUGCAACCGGUGCAAAUGGAAUGUCAAAUAAUGUUUUACAAUUGUUCCAAGAUAUUACUGCUAAAGAAGGAGCGGAAUUCAAAUCUGUCAUUGGAAUAACUGGGAUUGUAAUUUCACCACCUAUAACGACGCCUCAAGGAAACACGACUGCCGCAACAAUUGACCAAUUUAAUGCCACGAAAAUAACUGUUCCGUCAUCACUUAUACCAGCCUCAAAACUUCAAUCUAUCGAUAUCUCCAGCAUAAUUAAAGAUCCUAGCAACGCUAUUAUAGAUUUUACUGGUGUUUUGCCAAACGAUCAAACACAAUUGACCUUACCUACCAUACAAAGUGUGACUGUCAAAACUAUAGCAGAUGCAAAUUUGAUAGCUGGUGCAUUCUUUAAAUACAUAAAUCCAUUACCAUUGAGUGUGAGAAUUCCAUAUUUGUACUUUACAUUAUCAUUAGACGAUAACGCCAUAGUAUCUAUGUCGAUUGUAAAUGUUGAAUUGAAGCGUGGUGAAGGAGGGGGCACAAUGUCUCCUUCCGCAGUAAUAAAAUUUUAUAAUUCGGAAGGCGCUCAAACAUCCCUAAACACUUUUGUUGACAACAUUUUAAAUAAACAAAUUUCUCAAAAAGUGUCUUUGUCAGAAAUUUAUUUUGGUCAAGCUCCAAAUAAUUCCAACGAUUUGAUUAGCCUGUUAAAUCUAAAUCUACCAAUAGAAAUUUUAAACGUAGAGACCAUCAUUAAUAAAGUAAUGGAACUAUCACCAAUUAAAUUACCACUUGGUAUAGAUCAAUUGUUGGGUGGAUUUGCACCACAACUAACGUCGGUCGAUAUAUCAACCAAAUCAAAUAGACAUCUGAGUUUACAAAUAGGAGCUCAAUUAACAAUUCCGUUUGAUAUCGUUGCUGAUGUUGGAUUUUUUGCAACGAAAUUAUCGUUGGAUGGUUCUUCGUUCACUUCGGUAACUGUUCCCGGAUUGAAAAUCAGCGGAUCCGGUAAAAAUGAUGUCAGCUUGGGAAUAGAACUGGGAUUCAGCAAUGAUGAUGCGGUGAUUCCCGACUCUAUCAAAACUAUAUUGGAUAAACUGGCUGGCGGAGAUUUUAUUUCCACGAAAAUCGGUAUUGAUGAUGUUGUAUUAGGUGUGAGCGAAAGUGACACGAUAAAGACAUUAGGAAGAAUUUCAUUAUCAACAGAAAUUGGUAAUCUUGUAAGCGGGAAAAUAGAUUUCAAAUCACAACUAGACAAAAUUUUAAGCGAACUGGCUAGCAGUACAACACCGAUAAUUUCAGUUGGCAAUGGAACAAUAUCUCUCAAUAUACCAAAUUUAGUUCAAAUGGAAAUAAGCAAUAUGGCAAUUAAAGUUUUACCAGAUCAAAUAAUUAACGUCGACAUAACUACUUCAAUUACACUACCGUUUUCGUUAACAAUGAACAUUGGUUUUGCGGGCGUUGAUGUGUUUUUGGAUGACAUUUCAGCAGUGGAAUUAUCAGUUUCAGCGUCAAGUCAAGGCAAAUUGGUCACUAUCAAUACACAAAUGAAAUUAGGCGGUGACGACGUUGUUGAUUUAUCCGAUAAAAUAGGCUCUAUAACUCAAUCGUUCUUUAAUAACGAAGAAAUUUCAGGCACUUUGGGCAUUAGAUCUCCGUUAAUCGGAUCUUCAAAAGACGAUUUAAUCAAAGCAUUUUCACAAAUCUCCAUAGAACUGUCGAUGAAUGAGCUCUUAACUCCAAUAUUUAAAAAUAUACCAAGAUCAAUAGAUCCGAUAACUUUGUUAGAUCAAUUCGGUUUCAAACUUGAAUCAGUCUAUAUAGCUUCGACAACUGGACCAUCAAUUGUUGUAAAUCUUAAAGCAAGUUUUGUAAAUAAUUUUCCAAUCAGCAUGGAUUUAGGAUUUUUGUCGCUAUCUCUUGGAUUAGAUAAAGUGCCAUUAAUAGGCUUUAAUUUACAAGACCUUCAAGUUGGUUCAGGAGCAAACAACGGUUUAACGUUGACUUCUGUUGUGUCUUUUAUCGCAGACUUUGAUGACGCACAAACUAAAAUUGCGGAUUUCAUUUCGAAUUUACAAAAAAACGGACUUGGAUCAACAACAGAAUUAAUAACAAUCGACAACAUUAAAAUCGGUGCAACUGGGAAUGAUGUUAUCAUAGCUUUAACAAAAGUCAUCAUUGGUUUGCCAUCAAGUUCCAUCAUUAAUCAAAAAUUUGCUGAAAAAUUACUUAAUAUGAUCGGUUUGACAUUGAAUGAUCUUACAAUAGACGGAUUGAUCAAUAGGUUGAGCAUUCAGAAAUUAAAUAUGAACUUAUUAUCGUCUGACAAUUCCGGCCCAAUUGUCGUUGAUGGUCAAAUCGGAUUAAAUAACAUUUCAUUCCCGAUCACAGUCGAUAUGAAUUAUUUGGCUGUUAAAUUAUCGUUGAAUUCUAAUGAUCUAACACAGUUAACAAUGACCGGCCUUAAAAUCACAACAACAAAUAACAAUCAAAUAUUGACAGAAUUUAAAGUUGAAAUGUUAUUAAAAGAUUCUGAUGGAUUAGAACAAGAUAUCGCCACUAUAGCUAAAACUAUCAUAGAAACAAAUGAUGUUAUACCCGGAAAUGCAUUUGUCACCGGAUUGUUAUUUGGAGAAAAUGAAAAUGAUAACAUCAAUCUAUUGUCUAAAGUAAGCUUGUCAUUACCAUUAAAUCCGCUUUUGCAACCAAUCAAACAAACAGCAUUUAAAUUAGUCAAUGGGUUAUUGGAUGGUACAAGUCCACUCAGUCUCAAGUUAGAAGAUAUUAUAUUGGGAGUAAAAGAUCCAGAUGUGAUGAGUGUUGAUUUCGCCUCGAGUAUUGCUGGAUUACUCCAGCAAAUCUCGAUCAGUGUUCCAUUUGCAAGUAUAGAUAUAAAUUUCGAUGGAGAACAAUACAUAACCUCGGUAAUUAAUGGCCUGAAAUUAGAAAAUGGAGAAUUUAAAACUUCAAUCGAUCUUAAAUUUACCGAUAAUAAAACAAUAUCAAACAAAUUGGCAAAUAUUGCUGCUGACAUAGUUUUUAGAAGGCUUACAAACAUCGUGACACAAAACGUUGGUAUAACUAAUAUAAAAUUUGGUGGCUCGGCAGAUAAACCUUACUCGUUAAUGAGUAAAAUAAGUGUUGCUUUAGAUGUUGGUAAAUUUAUCAAUCAGGCGGCCAAGUUCAAUAAUGAUAAUAACCUAUUAGUCAUUGAUGAUAUUCAGGCUAAAGUUGUACCUCAAGGAGUUGUAGCGAAAUUCACAGCUCCAGCAAUACCAAAUUUACCUCUAACAUUUAAUGUGCCUUCACUCUUGGCGGUUGUGUUCAUGAAUAAUGGUAAUGGCGUGGACUCGAUUACAAAUGUUAAUGCUCGACCAACAAUCAAAAAAGGUGAUCCGAAAUGGAGUUUUCAAUUGGAUAUUUUCAUAGAAAAUGAUCCCAUGGCAAAAGCACUGGAAAUCGCAGUACCAAAUUUAUUGGAAUUCAAAUCUUUUACACAAGGUGUAUCGCUCGGUGGAAUAUUUUUAUGCCAAAAAGAUGACUGCAUAAGCCGUUCAGAUAACGACUUCAAGAUAUUCGAUCAAAUAAUAUUCCCGGCACCUCCUUUAAUCUUAUGGUCUCCCAUUCAAGUAUCAUUGACAAAAAUCUUGCCAAUAAACCUUCUAAUAUCAUUUACUAACCCCAGUCCAUUACAUAUGGAUAUUGGUAAUUUUAAAUUUGCAUUAGAAAACAGGGGUGAUUCAAUAUUUGAGAUAUUUUCGCAAAGCUCAAUCAUAAUCAACAAUUUACUCGAAGGUCAAGGUAAAAAUAGUAUACCGAUCGAAGCAAAAUUGACAUUGGAUGUGUUACAAAUUCCACAAAUAAUUAUCGACUUACCAAAAUUCGAUGAAGCGUUUGACAUAAAAAUCACAGUUGAUCAACCUGACUCGGGGCCAAUUAGUUGGUUAAAUGACCUCUUGAAAAAUUUACCUAGAACUGUAUUGAAAAACUUUGUACCUAUCAUACAAGCAUCAUCAACAGAUGCUAUUCCUGCUUCCACCAUUAUUGCUAAUCAAACUGAUAAAAAUAAUCUAUUUUCUGAUAAUCUAAUAAAUUUAAACAAUAAUAAUUCCAUAAUUAGUUGGGUAAUAAAUAGUUCGGACUUUUAA